ACUUAAAGGAAAAGAAACAUUUCUCUCAUUUGAAAACGAUUUAAUUGAAACUAUCAUAAAAGCAAGAACCAUUUUUAUUCGUCUAGAAUAAUAUGAACAUAUGUUAUCCUUUCACUUGAAGAUGCUGUGCUCAAGGGUUAGCGAUUGAUCGUUUUGAAAGGAGUUAUUUUUGCUUGAAAUGGCUGGUGUUGUCCCUAAAAGAUCAGCAUCUGGACGAAAACAGUGGAGUUUGCAAGAUGGUUCAAGAAAUCCAUUAAAUGUAUUAAGAAAUCAACUAGCAAGUGAUGGUUGUUCAGAAUCUCAGGUUGUUCUAGCCAAACAAUUAUUGGAUGGAUCCCAACAGUAUCAUUCACACACUGAAAAAAAGGAAAAUGAACGUCUAGGAGUCUACUGGCUCAUCAGAGCUUCCCAGCAGGGUAAUGAAGAGGCAACAGGGUUGCUGAAAACAUGCUUGAAAUCAGGGAAAGGCAUUUCUGAGCAUAACUUUUUGGAUGUUAAAUCCUGCAUUAGUAUGACACAAAAUGAGAAAUGGUCAAGAAAAGCUGCUAGGGAGAUCUUUGCAAGCUUAUCUAAUGGUAGUGAUUACAUAACAACAGAUCAACUUCAGAAAGAAAUAUUCUCGAUUGAAAGAAAUAAUGGACAGAAAACGAAUCUACCGUCUGAAAUUGAAAAUAUGGAUAUUCAAAAUGGAGAACUCAUGAAGAACAAGGAAGAAGCAAGUGAUUCAGACUGUGACACUGAUUGGACAUUGAGACUAGAAUGCAAAAGUUCUAGUGAGAAACUAACAGAAGAUAAUCUUGUAUCAGCAGCUAUAGAUUACUCUCAAGGAAGUCUACCAUUGAUGAAUAAAUCAUUAAGUUUAACUCCGGAUUUACAUGCUAUGGAUAAUAUUCCAUAUUUUUACCGAUCAAUUUUACAUCCGUGGCUAACAUUGAAAAUAUUCCAUUGGAGAGUUUUGCAGUGGGUUUGUGAGAAAUUGGAAGUCUUAAAUUUAAAUUAUGAGUUUCGUUUAUUUAUUCUACUGAUAGUUUAUUCACUUCUCAAUGUGCAUAGUUAUGCUUAUAUAUUACCCAUACUGCUAUACUAUCUAAGUUAUAUAUUCAUGGUAGUGACAACUUGCCAAAUGUUACAGAACCAGAGAGAAUUCCAAGAAUUUAGAUUAUGGUCGGGUCUAUUCCUUUGCUAUUCAGGCGGCAAUUUGAAUGCAGAGCAAGUAGAAUAUCAAUAUGUUAAAAAGAACUUGAAACCAUAUGGUCAAUUUUUCGUUGCGUUAUUAGUGAAUCUCUUUAUUUACUCUUUUAUUUCUGAACACUGGACUCCCGAUUCUGAACUAACAGUCUUUUCUUUCCUUUUCACGUUUUUAACAUUGUUCGGUUUCAUGCCAAAGAGGAACUCUGAAAUGUCUUGUGGUGCAACAAUUCUUUUGAGUUUCGCUAUCAAUGUACUAGCAAAAUACCCUUAUGAUACAGAUCCAAUAGUGACCAAGGGUUGGAGAUUUCUUGAUCUGAAAAUACAAACGUUUACAAGUUAUGUUAUGGGUAAUAGUAUUCAAUUUUGUUUCAAUUUCAGAUUGGUGUUGUUUUUGGCCAUUCCAAUUCUGUUGAUUCAGUUAGCAUCGAAACAGAAUUGGAGAGGGACAUACAAAAUUCUGAUACCUCAUUGUGUUACCUUGAGUUGGCUCCAGAUGUGUAUUAUAGGCUCGCAAGGGGCAACCGUUUAUGGGCUUUUAAGAGGAGUUUUAGCUUUAGUUGGCGUUGUAAUGUUUUUACCAUUAGUUGGUUUAACCAGUGCGCUGUUGCCAGCGGCAGUUUUGACCAAAUGGCUAAUUUCGUCUAGCAUGUUAUUCACACUUAGUAUCUUCUUUUUAAUAAGUUGUGUUGCUAUUUUCAUUUCCUGGCAUCUAGCACAGAGCCAUGUCAAAAAAUAUACUGCUGUCAUACAAAUUAUUAUUAUGAUAAUAGCACUGAUAACGAUCAUCAACAUGAUGAAUGAGAAUAAAAAAUUCGAAGAAUUAUCUGAGGACGAAGAACCGGAAUAUUUACCUUGGGAUAUAUUUCGAAAGUUUUGUUAUGAGCCAUUUUGGGAAGACGAAAAUAUUGCAUUAUCCCAACUCAAUUGUGCUGGACUAGAAAAUGCAUUGGUAUCUUGGGAUGGUUACAUACAUACCAUUAAAAUAAGAUCCGUUUCGAAUAUUUACAUUAAAAUACUCGAAAAAUUACCGGAAAAAAUUUACGACACUCUUCUCUGCUAUUUUGGAGAGAAAAUAUCUAAUUCAAUUUGUCAUACAAUGCACAAAAAUUCAGAUGAAUGUCUGGUCCUUCACAGUAUGAAAGAAAAUGCAAAUAAAUGUACCUUAGAAAAAUAUAACGAAUAUGAAUUCGAAAUUACUAUGAGAAUGAGUGCAGGAAUUUGGGGAAAAAGGUCAGAAAUGCUGAUUUUGGUACUAGAUAACUCCUUCAAGAAUAUCACAACGAGAUUGAAAUCGGGGGAUCACAUUUGGUUCAAAGGAAAAUUAUUCAAUAAUCAGAAUAUAGGCGCGGACGGUAUUUUGGGAGGAUACAAACCUCAUAUUUCGAUAGAAGCUCUCGGUUGUCAUAGUUGUUUUAAUAUUGAUAUAAGAACAGUUACUAAAGCCAAAGAUACUUCAAAUGUUUAUGAUAAUUUUCAUCAUAUAUAUGUUGGUGUGAAGUUUAUCCUGAAUAUUAUUUUUAAUCCUGUUGUAAUUUUUAAAUGAGAGCAUGUUAAUUAAUACAAUCGUUCAUAAAAUAAAUGUCUACUACUAUUGGAACCAAUGUUUACUUGUAUAUAGAAUGAUUCAUUACAGAAAUCCACAAUGGAAACUGGUGCUCAAUCAAUGGAGAUCAAUACUAGAAAAUUCAAAACCACUUUGUUCCUGUUCUCCUUUGUUUCAAGAACAAUGUGAAGGAGAUUACCGUCUAGCUAGUUUCAUACUUAUUUAUAAAAAUUGAUUUGGAACUUGCAUGAACGAAUGAAUACCUUCAUAGUCUUACUUCUUUUGAAGUAAAUAGGCGGAAAUGUCGAAAAUUUUUCAUGGAGAAUUUUUUACCAUGGCUGAAUACGUAAAAACCAUUCGCUAUU